AAAUAAAAUAUUGAAGUAUAUAAUGCGAUUUUCUAAUUUUUAUCUUAAUAGAAAAAAGCUUUUUUCGAAUAGCAAUAAUAAGAAGUAAAAAUGUCAAUUAGUAUUUUGGCUCUGUUUCUUUUUUGUGUUGUAAAUGAAAUUUCUAGCACUGAUCCUGAAGCUUUAAAAAAUAAUAUGGCCUUUACAAACUUUAUAUUGGAGAAUCUAAAGAAUGAUGAACUAUUUAGUCCGAAUUCAUUAGUGGAAUUUGUGGAAUUUAUGAAAAGUAUUAUGAAAAAUCAAGAAAAAGGCGAUCCGAAACGUUACUUAGUUCCACCAAGCAAUGACAUAACUGGUGUAACACUUCAAGAACAAACAAUUCACGAUUAUCUCUGUGCAUAUUAUAUAAAUAAUGGAUUAACAAUGGUAAAACCUGAGGUCUGGAUUAAUAAUAACAAUUCAGAAACAUCUUUACUCAAAGAAUAUGAAAAACGGUAUGAAUUGAUGAAAGAACUCUACAAUAUUUCAGAUGAAACAAUCCAAGGAUUAAGACAUAUCAGAUUAAUAAAUCCUGAUUGCAUACUGGUAUUAGAAAAUAAUAAAACUUUUGAGUGUAUUAUUCAAUAGAUAAAUAAACUAAAUCGAUAAUAACAUAACUAAA